AUGAACCGCAUCAUGUCUGGAGACCCCUACGCCUUCGCAUCCACCUCCGCCUCAGCCUCAGCCUCGUCCGCAUCGCAUACCCCCGACUCGGAUCGUCGCGACGAGCUCGACUUUCUCGGCCAGGAUGGCGACGAGGUCAGCGCCCGUCGUGGCGCCUAUGGCCACGGCGAUGACGGCCAUGAUAUCCUCGAAGAUGACCCGCUACAAGGCAAUUUAGCUGCACCCAUGUCCUUCAAACGACGUCAAGGACCCUCGUUCCUCUCUGCGCCGGCCCGCCUCUUCUCGGCCAUCAUGGGCUCACGAUCCAACGCUUCGCAUUCUUCAUCGAGAGGCCCGUCGCCCGCCGUAUUCUCAGGCUCAGAGACCCCUCCGCGCGCCGAACCCGUCACCCUCAAUGCCGCCUCCAAAGAUGGUGCGCCGCUCGAUUGGUACAUAGAAGGACCCGGCCGCCGCGUCGGCUACGAGGAUCUCACGGCCAUUGACUGGAUCUUCGAGUACACCAAGGAGCGCCAGCGCCUGCGUGUCCUAUACUCUAGCGCGACCGGAGUGCUGGGCUACGCCCGCCGUCUCAUCGACGCCAGCCAGGUCUGGAUCGUCCUGUUGCUGACGGGCAUGGCUGUCGGCGCAGUCGCUGCCUGCAUCAACGUCACCACCGACUGGCUUGGCGACCUGAAGGAGGGCUACUGCUCCAGCGGGCCUGAGGGCGGCCACUUUUACCUUAACAAGGCGUUUUGCUGCUAUGGAUAUGAUCAGGGCUCCAAGUGCGAGGGCUGGAAGACAUGGGGUGGUGCCCUCGGAGUGGGCUCGGCUGGCGGCAGGUGGUUCCUCGAGUAUUUCUUCUUUGUCGGUCUUGCGAUGCUGUUUGCAUAUGUAGCUGCUCUCCUGGUGCAAGAGUAUGCCAUCUACGCCAAGCAUAGUGGUAUCCCCGAGAUCAAGACUGUCCUGGGAGGGUUCGUUAUCCAACGAUUCCUGGGUGGUUGGACGCUUGUGACCAAGUCACUCGGCCUUGCCUUGGCUGUGGCCUCGGGCAUGUGGCUGGGCAAAGAAGGCCCCUUGAUCCAUGUCGCUUGCUGCUGCGCCAACGUAUUUACGAAGUUGUUUCACAAUAUCAACGAUAAUGAAGCUCGAAAACGAGAGGUUCUAUCCGCUGCUGCGGCUUCGGGCGUCUCUGUUGCCUUUGGUUCCCCUAUCGGUGGUGUCUUGUUUAGUCUCGAGACAUUGUCGUACUAUUUCCCAGACAAGACUAUGUGGCAGAGUUUUGUCUGUGCCAUGACAGCUGCAGUCGUUCUCCAAGCCUUCGACCCUUUUAGGUCAGGCAAGCUCGUCUUGUACCAAGUCCAGUACAGUAUCGGAUGGCAUCGUUUCGAGUUGCUUCCUUAUGCCAUCCUGGGCAUCCUGGGAGGCAUCCAUGGUGGCCUCUUUAUCAGGCUCAACAUGGCCAUCGCGCGCUGGAAAAAGGCCAAUACCUGGAUCCCUGGCCCCAUCGCCCAGGUCCUCAUCGUGGCCUUCUUCACAGCUCUCAUCAACUACCCCAACUUUUACAUGAAGGCGCAGACUACUGAGCUCGUCUCCAACCUCUUCUCCGAGUGCUCAAAGGUUCUCGAUGACCCUAUCGGCAUCUGUAGGACAGGUGCCGCGUCUGCUAGAACCAUUGUUCUCCUCGUCUUUGCCUCGGUGCUUGGGUUCUUCCUCGCAGCCGUCACCUUUGGCCUGCAGAUCCCUGCGGGCAUCAUUCUGCCCUCCAUGGCCAUUGGUGCUCUUACAGGUCGUGCCGUGGGCAUCAUCAUGGAGAUCUGGGUCACCAACUACCCAUCCUUCUUCCUCUUUGGCUCCUGUGAGCCUGAUAUACCCUGCGUUACUCCCGGCACGUAUGCCAUUGUCGGUGCCGCGGCCUCACUCGCCGGCGUGACCCGUAUGACAGUGUCUAUCGUUGUCAUUAUGUUCGAGCUCACUGGCGCCCUCACAUAUGUUCUCCCCAUCAUGAUCGCUGUCAUGAUCUCCAAGUGGGUUGGCGACGCCUUCUCGCGCCGUGGUAUUUACGAGUCAUGGAUUCACUUUAACGAGUAUCCCUUCCUGGACAACAGCGAGAAUAGUGAUGUUAUCCCUGACAUUCCUGCCGCCCAAGUCAUGACCCGUAUUGAAGACCUCGUCGUCCUUACGGCUACGGGCCAUACCAUCGCCUCCCUUACUACCAUCCUCGAGAUGCACCCCUACCGCGGCUUCCCCGUCAUUUCAGACCCCCGUGAAGCUAUACUGCUCGGCUAUAUCUCACGCGCCGAGCUGGCCUAUAACCUCUCCGCCUCAACUCAACCGCCUCGCUCACUUCCUCCGGAGACCGAGGCCUUCUUCUCUCAUCAGCCUCUCGCCGACCCGCGGACCACCCUUGACCUCCGCCCCUGGAUGGACCAGACUCCCCUGACUCUACCAUCCCACACAAGCCUACACCUCGUCUCAACAUACUUCCAGAAGCUCGGUCUACGCUACCUUCUCUUCAGCGAUCGCGGCGUCCUUCAGGGGCUGCUGACAAAGAAGGACGUCUGGUACGUCCUGAAUGGCGCCGAGGAGACAAGGCGCACCAUGGGCCUAGGACCCAGUGGGCGAGGUCACGAGACGGGUGUGACGAGUAUAGCGGCGGACGAUGGCGCUCUCGAGAGUAGCGGGCUGCUGCAGGGUGCGGACGGCGCUGACGACGGCGACAGCAUCCAGGGCGAGGAGCCCAUGUUAUAG